UCGGCGUGUGGUCCGUCUUAUGCAGGUUUCUACGGCGGUAGCUGCGCACACCAGCCUGCGCAAAGCAUGCGGCCGCCCUUGCUGCCUGCGCCGCUGCACGUCUAAAGUUAACUGCAUACUAAAGCUGCCUGUCUCUCUCUCUCCACUGUCACCCUGACACAACAAGCUUCCUUUGCUUCUUGCCUUCUUCAUAUAUUACUUGCCAGCGGUCUGCUAUCUUACGCGCAUGUACGAGAAGCGGGCUGAUCAGGUCGCCAUGGCAAGAGCUUUCCACGCCGCGUCACCGGCUACCGUCCCUGACUCGCCGUCGCCGCUCCCGUCAAAGAACGCCGGCGGCGGCCUCGCCAACUUCCAAUGGCUGCUCAGGAAGCGCGCCAACAAGGUGCAGCAGGGCCGGCCCGUCGCCGUCGACCAAGUGGCCGACGACGGCUGUGACGACGACGAGUGCGCCUCCAUGUUCGCCGGCGCCACGCCCUACAUCGGCCCGAUCGCUGGCGCUGGUCCUGUUACUCCAGACGACGCGCCAGCAGGCAGGAAGCGCCGCAGCGAGGCGCUGUCGCGGCUCCGGUCGGCGAUCCUGGCGGUGCUAGCGCGAGCGCGGCGCGGGCGUGGGAGACGGCCGCUGGGGUCCUGCGACACCGUCACGGGCACCAUCUUCGGCCGUCGCCGCGGCCGCGUGCACCUCGCGCUGCAGACUGACCCGCGCGCACCGCCCGCUCUCAUGGUUGAGCUCGCCGCCUACUCCACCGGCGCGCUCGUCAGGGAGAUGGCCUCGGGACUCGUCCGCCUUGCUCUCGAGUGCGAGAAGGAGAAGGCACCCGCACCGCCUCUGCAAACAGGUGACCGUCAUCACCAGAGACGGCCACGGCAGCAGGCGGCGGCACUGGUGGAGGAGGCUACCUGGCGCGCGUAUUGCAACGGCCGCAAGUGCGGCUACGCGGUGCGCCGGGACUGCGGCGCGGACGAGUGGCGGGUGCUGCGUGCCGUGGAGCCCGUCUCAGUUGGCGCCGGCGUGCUCCCCGACGGCAACAACAUGAGCACGGAAGCCACCGCCGCCGCCGGCGAGGGCGACCUCAUGUACAUGAGGGCCAAGUUCGAGCGGGUGGUGGGGUCCAGGGACUCGGAGGCAUUCUACAUGGUAAACCCCGACGGCGGUGGCGGGCCCGAGCUCAGCAUCUACCUUCUCAGGGUCUAGAUGAUAUGCUGUUUGUUUGCAUGCAUGCUUUUGCUUUUUGUUAUGGUGAACAUGGGCUUAUGCGUGUGUUUUCGCUACAUUGUGCAUCCAGGCCAUUUUGAUAGCCUACUUGUGAACUUGUCUCAGUUCUCUACAAACACUGAUCACGUACUAGUCACGUACCCCGUACUAGUUUAGUCUCUCCUCUCUCCCUUUCCAUUUUUCUUCUCACUUUAGUUUAUUCUAGAUUAAUGUAGGUAUUUCCAUAAAUUGUAUGUUGUUGUGUAUU